UUUUGUUAGUUUUGAAAUGGGAUAAAGAAUACCGUUGUUGUGUAUCCCAGUUUCUUCGCUAGUCAGAUUUAUCUCAAGUGUAAUAUAAUAUCUGUGAUAAUCAGAUUUUUUUUAUUAGUCUUUGCCUGUUAUGUCUUUCAACUGAGUAAGAAGAAAGUUUGGAAAAAAAAAUGGCUUCAGCACAACAAGAAAGCAAAAUUGAAAUUACUGCAGAGGUAGUAUCUGAAAUUCCUGAAAACAUAAAGGCAGAACUAAGGAAGAAACGGAAAAAAUUAAAAGAGAAGAAAGCAAAAUCUUCAUCUAUAGAAGAAAGUAGCUUUGAUAUUGAAGAAAUCAAACCAGAACCAUAUAAUGACAGUCAAACAAGAAAAGAUUCAGUUGGAAAAUUGCCAAAAGUAUUACCAGAGAUUCUUGAAAGGCCUUUGCCUUCCCUUCCUACUGCAUUUGAUAAUACAACAUAUCGACCUGACAAAGGUUUGCAACCAUUAAAACCUAUACCACCCCCAAGAAGAAGUAAGAAAGAUCAUGAAAUGAAGGAAUUAGCUUCGUUUUCUAGCAAAGCCCAUGAUUAUUCUGAUACAUAUACUGAAGAGAACAACACUCUUUCAAAAAUUUCCAAAAAAUCUACCAAUUUAGAUUCCCUAAGAAAUUCAGAAAUUAUAAAAGAAUCUUGCCAGUCUUCACAAAACAAUUCUUUGCCAUGUGAAGAAGAAGAAAUCAGUGAUUAUGACUUUUUUACUCGAGUUUGGGAUAAAACAGAAGAAACACAGCAGCCUGAACCCUGUGAAAGUUCUGAUAUAGCUGAUGGGACAUCACAGGAUGAAGCUGAUUUUGUUGGUUUGAUUAGAAAAGAGUUGCAAGAGAAAUUAACUGGUAUUGAAAUUGUAAAACAUGAAAGAGCAUCAUAUAUUCCAUUUCAUAUCAAGAUAGAGAAGGAAAAUAAUUCGUUUUUCCACCCGUCCUACAAACCAGUUCCAGUGAACAUGAAACUACUGGAUGGUAAAGAACCAAGAUAUCUUGAAGACGAAGGAUUUUAUGUUGGGAAAAAGCCUGAAGUUUCUAAGAGGAAUCUAAAUAGGCUUGAAAACAGAUUAGUAACACAAAAAGAGUUUCAGUGGUUUGGAGAUGAUGGUCUUGUGAAAAUGCUUCCAGAUCCUGUUUGUAAAAGUCCAGUUCGUCAUGUCGUAGAUGAAGAUGUAAAUGGAUUCCCUGAUUUUGAAUAUGUCAAGGCUUCUCUGAAUUCAGACAAAUGGCGAUUACAUCAGAAAGAUGAUAAAGGUUACCAGUUGGACUUGGAUAUUUCUUCUAUUUCAUUUCUUCAUCAUCCUCUCUUCAGCUCAGAACAUAUCAUUGAAUCUCGCUUACUCCAAAUGUGCGAAAAACACAUGUGCAAUGAAAAAAGAGAUGUAGUGAAUGGUUUGAAACAGAAGUUGAAAGGUUUAAGAUCUGCAGCCAGUAACUUGAAGCAUAAUAUGCAACAAGGUAUGCAAGAGACAGCUAUUAACAAUGAAAGGCAGCUUAGAUUGAAGCAAUAUCAAAAGGAUAUAAGGCAAACAAAAAAAUUACGCGACUUCCAUGAAGCUGAACAAAAAUCCCUUUGGAAGAGUAUUCUUGACACCUGGGAUGAAUUGAAACAACACAGACAGACUCAAGGAUUUACAUCCACUUCAUUAAAUCUCAUCAUUCAAGAAGUGAAAAUGGACAAAGCCAUUGAAAAAGAAGAGUGGGAAAGAGAACUUCUUGAUGAACUGGAAGAAGAAAUGGAGGAUUAUGAAGCAUCAUCAGAGAAACUCUUUGAGGAAUAUGAAGAAGCUUUAAAUAAGUGGAAACAGUGGAAUAAAUCUGUGAAAUUAGCACGUAAAAGACAAAAAUUACGUGAAAAGCAAUUGGAAGAUUCAAAUGCAGAGGAUGAAAGUGAAAUCGGAGAAGAUCUUUUGUCUACAAAAUUAGAAGAUGAUAAAAUUUUAUCUGAGCCAGAAGUUCCAAAGCCAAAGCCUGUGCCUAAAUUUAAUUCUGCUGCAACUCUUGAAAAGCUGAAAGCAAAUGCUGUAAAGAUGAGGCGAAAUCCUGGUGAACCUGUGCUACGUAUUACUGUUGAUAAUGAUGUACCAAUUACACCAGUGAAUCAAUGCCCAAGGGAAGAAGUUCAAAGAAGAAAUGCUGUAUCUAAGAAAAAAUUAUACUUCAAGAUAAUGUUUAAUGAGAAAAAAGUAGCAGAAACAUGUGAAAGAAAUCUCAGUCAAGACUUUAAAGCAGUGUGGGGACAAAUAUUUAAACUCCAGAUUGUUCAUUUGCCUCAAAGUAUGCGAAUCGAAGUCUUAGAAUCUGGUUUCAUAUCUAGUACCCAUUUGGCUGAAUUAUAUAUUCCUAUUCCAUCAUCUUCUCAGACUGCUUUGAAUUCAAAACUUGUUGAUCAUCAGUUUAGUUCUGAUAAACCAUUUCCUGCACAAUACAAUGCUAUUGGAAGUGGUGCUUUAUAUAAAUUUCGCGAUGGCAGUGAGACCACUUUGUUGACGAACGGCAUCUUAAAAUGUAGCCUGGCAUGGGGCGUUGCUGAAGAUGGCACUACAGUAUUAGUACCUUCUGACAUUGAUUUGCGCAUGGGAGAAAGCCAUAAUGCGAAUCCUCUGUCUUAUCUUCUCAGUGCGAGAUUCUCUAAUAUUGAGAAACUUCACCAGUGGAUUAAAAAAUCUAAUUUAGAUCCGCACAAUCCAGAAAAUGCAGCUCUUUUACACUUCUUUCAAGAACUAGGAUUAGAUGAUGAAGAAAUAGAGGAGGAUUUCGAUUGCUACAGGUUGGAACCAUUACAAGACGAAAUGGACUUUUGUACCAUGGAAGAUAUUGAGAACAAUAAACGUUUCCAACUUCUACAUUUGAGAGAUCAAAAUGAAACUGGGUUUCAAAAUCUGAAAAUGAUUCCGGUAGAUGAAAAGGACCUUAAAGAGGAUAUGAUAGAGCUAUUGCGCCAAAGAACAAGUGAUAUUCAGAAGAAAGAAAUUGUUGGCGAAGAACAAAGAGAACAAGCCAAAAUGGUGAUGCAAAAAGUCCGAGAAGAAGUAGCUAAACGGUUUUAUAUUUCCCAACACCAAAAAAUGUUUGAGGAUGUCGUAAUAGAAGAAAAAGUUCCUAGCAUUGGGACGAUUGGAUUUAGUUUAUUAAAACUUUUCCAAACUAAACGACCAUUGUAUCCCGAAAGAAAGGACAGGAAGAAAGUAGUUUGCUCUAAUGCAAACAUGGAUGUGAAAAUAAUAAUCAAGAUAUUGCAUGCAUCUAAUGUGCCUGUACGCAAGGACACAAGUCUAAUCAAAGAAACAGAGGAGCAACAGAAUGGAGACACCGCUAUGUUGUUUGAAAGUCAGGUGCAGCCAUUUGUGGAAGUAAUGUUUCAAAGGACAGCAAUGAAAACGGGCAUAGCUGAAGGACCGCACCCGACAUGGAACCAGGAGCUUGUACUCCCUUUUCGUGCUCCCAAUGAUAAUUACACUCCAUCCAACCUGGAAACCAUCAAAGAAUGCAUUUAUAUCAACCUAUUUGACGAAGUGACCGUGGACCUUCUAGAAAGUGACAAAGAGAGACAGACUGUAGUCUAUGAGCGGUUAGAGAGACGCUGGCUGGGAAAUUUGAAAAUUCCAUUCACAACUCUGUAUUUAAAUUCCAAGAUUGAAGGAACUUUCCGCAUCAACGUUCCUCCUGUUCUUCUGAGUUAUGAGAACGAACCCCGUCCUUGGCUCACCGGUUUGUCGGAUGCUGCCUCAAAUCACACCUACCUAUCUUUCUUCAUGACCAUAGAGCCAUGCCUGCAGUUGCCUGAAAUAUUUAGAGAUCAGUUUGACAGUGCUGAGCCCGAGAAAGUGCUGAACGAAGUUGAAAAAUGGCGCCAAUCCGUCAUCCCACGCUUUCCGGAUCGCAUGAUCAAACUGAUGUCGGUGGACUUGAGUGGGAAGUGGAUCUUUGUGACAAGAUUUUUGCGACCCCUCGCGCCUCCUGAAGAGCUUCUCACCGGGAACAAGGAAUCUUUGGAAACAAUGGAAUUAUUGGCUCGUUUUGUGUCGCUGAUACCAACAGUUUCUGACAGCAUUACCUUCCCUGGGCUCUGUGAUAUCUGGAGUACUUCAGACCAAUUCCUGCAAAUGCUGACUGGUGAUGAAGAAGAACAUGCCAUUUUGCUCUGCAGUUAUUUCCUGCACCUCGGCAAGAAAUCUAUGCUACUGCUGGGGUCGGGCAUACCUGAGGGCCCGACUGCGUACGUCGUGACCUGGGAAUCUCAAAACAACGUAUCAGUUUGGAAUUCGUCCACUGGUGAUCAUUUUAACGUCAGAGAUAAUCACUGCCCUCUCCAGACUGUGGGAUGCUUGAUAAGUCCCGAUAACGUGUGGGCUAAUAUUCAAAAGAACAAUCAUCCGUCCAGAAUAAAUUUUGAUGUGACCAAGACUGGUGACUGGAAGCCAUUUUUCAGUCGUAGCUUUCCAAAUCCUGGAUUGAGAAGUAUACAGCCAUCUUCAUUAACAUACAGUGCUACCGAUUCGGAUUAUGUGCAGAAGCUUCAAGAAAAUCUGAAGAAAAGCUUGGAGGAAGGCAUUAAAAAGUGGAGACCAAACAUCCCUACUACGUGGAAUAGUAACUGUAAUAAAAUUUUGUACAAAAUUUUAACCAGGUUAGAGAGAAAUGUAGGUAGGACGGCAAGCGAUGACUCGUUGCAAGAAUUAGAACAAAUAAUGAAACAAUAUAAGAUUGAUGGUUUUCCAUUAACGAUGCCUUACACUGACACUGAUGCUGUGAUAGAGACGGUGUUUGCAACAGGUGUUCAUCUUAAUGAAGACAAGAAUGCAGAGUUUUCUAUUGCUGUCUAUGUCCAUAGUUAUCCCUGCUGCGUUUUAGCAGUUUGGGUUUAUGUUGCGGUGCUAAUACCUCGGAAAGACGUUGAGAUAGACCAACAAGCAGCUGAAACUUCAGAAUAGAAUACAAUGUUUGCUCGUACAGCAGGGUUCACACGAGGCCAAUUAUUACGUGCAAUAAAUAGCUACGCCUACCUCAGGGAGAGCACGUGACCGCAAUUGGACAAUGGCAAAUAGUUGUUCCGAUGAGACAAUUAUUUGUCAUUGUUAUCCGUUGGGAUUACGUGAUACUCUUGAGAUAGACGGGGCCUUCAAUUGCGCGCAAUAGUUGGCCUCGUGGGAACGCUGCUUAUGAUUUGAUUCUAAAUCAUGAAUCGUACCUGAAUAACUUCGAGAAUAGAGUAAUAUACUUGCUUACAAAACUCUAUUAAAUAUUUUGAAAAAUAGUUAAAAAAAACUGUGUCGAAACUGAUUGUGCCAAGCUGCGCGAUGAAGAAUAUUGUUCAGCUCAGCAUUGAAAUGCUCAUAAUUGGACAAAGCAGCCUUGACUUUUUUCGUUUUACCUGUAAUGUUAAUUCUUUGUAUUCCGAAAAGAAUACGAUGCAUAAUUAUACAUAUGUGAUAAUAAGGAUUCCUUUUUGUGCUCAGGAAGCUAAAAAUAUUGGUUAUAAUUCCUAAAAAAUUAAUGUAAGAUAUUUUGCUGUUAUUUUAUAAUAUUUAUUAUCUAACAGUAAUGUAAAACACAUCCAUUCAGUUUCAACAUAAGAGUACAAGAGUUUAAAUAAAACAACAAAGAGCAGGAUCGUUUCUUAUCAGUACACACUUAUAUAUUCACAUGCAUAGCCAAAUUAAAAAAAAUAAUCUGUGAUUAAAAAAAAGGUAUUAUUUUUUAAUUAAAAAUAUAUAAAUUGUAAAAAAGAAGAAGAAAAUUGUAAUUCGUAUUUUAAACGUAGUCAUAUUUAUUUUUAUACUAGCCGCCUUUGGCGACCAGCCGGUUCGCCAAUCUUAAUGCUCGUUAAAAUUUUAAUAAUUAAAUAUUUUAUGUAAUUCCUACUUUAAUAGCUUCUUCAUCAAAUAUUUUAAAGCUUCAAAUUUUGAUAGUCAUGUAAUUCACUCAUAAUAAUAUAAAGUCCUUCAGCCAUAACAUAAUAUGUAUCUCUCUAAUUUUCUGUUAAUUCCGGAAGAAUUUAUGUUUAAAAUUAAAAUGGAAAUGACUAAACUGCAAUUAAUACAAUAUUUUUUACUGAAACAAAGCAUUUUUUUAAUAAUAUGAUUACUGAUAAUAGAGUCACUGAGCGUUUAAACUUUAUGGGCACUAAAGAAUAUCUUUCUUAAGUUAUGUAAUAUCUCAAGAAUUUGUCAACAAAAUUUUCUCAGAUUCAUCAUGAACAGAUCGAUUUAUUAACAAUGUUUCAUUUUAAAUGCAUCAAACUUUAAGAAAAUAAAAUGAAUCGUUUAAAAUAAUCAGUCGAAAACAGGUUUAAAAAACUACUUUAAAAACGAUGUACUUAAAACUAUAAGUAUAUAGAAAAAAAUAUAUAACUAACAUAAAUACAAUUUAAUUACAAAAGCAUGCAACUAACCUAAAAAUAAUUUAAAUCAUUGAAAACAGAUUAAAAAAAUCUAAUUAAAAAACGAUGUACUUAAAACUAUAAGCAUAUACAAAAAAUAUAUAACAUAAAUACAAUUUACUUACAAAAGCAUGCAACUAACCUAAAAAUAAUUUAAAUCAACCUUUGAUAACGGUUGUCAUGGUAACAGUCAGAAUGCGCAUGCGUGAAUUUUCUUCGCCAGCUCCAGUAGCGCAUAUGCGUGAAUUUUUCUACGCCAGUUGGGGUAACGCUAUGCAGAUUAUACAUUUUUAAUUUCCUUUAUUCUGUGUUAUUUUAAUUCAAAAGUACUUCAGAAUGAAUCUGAAACAUGGAUUAAUUAACAAUGUUUAAUUUUAAAUGCAUAAAACAUUAAGAAAAUAAACAGAAUCGUUUGAAAUAAUCCGCCGAAAAAUGUUAACCCUAGCCUCAUUUCUGUUGGGAGAAAAAAAAAAAUUGAAGUUGGCGGUGGGGGGAAAUGGAAGAUUUUUUUGGCGGAAAAGUUGGCGGUGGGGAAAAUGGAAGAUUUUUUUGGCGGGAAAGUUAGUUUUUAAUUAAUAAUUAAAAUUCUAAUUAAAAUUUCAAAAAAAGGGACCCCAGGUGCACAUUCCCGACCUCUAAGGUAUACAUGUACCAAAUUUGAUAGCUGUAUGUCAAAUGACCUGGCCUGUAGAGCGCCAACACACACACACACACACACAUUGAGCUUUAUUAUAAGUAUAGAUUAUUAAAGAGAUUUGUUAUCUAAUAUUCAUUAUGAGAUGGAAGAGUUCAAUAUGAUUAACUGCACACUAGGCCCGAGGCUGGUAAUCGAUGACUCCGGUAUUACAUGCGGCUCUUUUAAUUUUACUUAUGCAUUUCGUCUUAUGUCGAUCUUCAUAAUGAUACAUUUUCGUCAACUGACUUUUUUUUAAAGCAUAAAUAUGUCAAAGAAUUGGAUGACUGCCUAGUUUGAUAGUGAAUGUAACUUUAUUUUCAUAUCUAAAUGGUCGUAACUUUCCUCUUUCUCCGCUUGGCUCAAUCUUGCAUAACGGUGAGGACCCAUCUUCCAAAAUGUUAUUGUCACUUCGCCACCAGUUUGCAGAGGGAAAAUCGGCACCAUCAUUCUGGAAGUUUUAUAGUUCUAUGAUAUUCUAAAUAAAUGAAAUGGACAAUUUUAUAAAACAGAAUAUUUAACUGAAAAGAUACUUCACAUAUUUUGCUUUUACAGCCUGUGUUAGGUAUUUGUUUAUAUUCAAUUAAAAGGAAAUAGCAUUUUACGUAUUGCUAUAUUCAAACUUUACUGGAACUUUAUUAAUAUUUUUCAUUUGUAAGCGAAUAAUGCCAUAUCCAGGAAAACAAGCGAAAAGUAUCAUGUGAUCCGAUCUAUCUGAACAGUUUUCAUCCAUUUCAAAUAUGUAUAAUGAAGGCGUGUAGUACGUAGUUGCAGGUUUCCAAAGUUGCAUGUCGCUAAUAUUUCAUCUCAGCAAGGUGUCAGUGCACAGAUUCCUACUGGUGUCAAAUUAUCUGUCAUUCUUUCCAACUUCUUCCACGAUCAGUUUAGAUCUCUUAUUUCGCAAUGUGUGACUUUUUUCUCGUACUAUGUAACUUUUUGGAUAAAGAAUUUGCUUAAAAGACGACGAUUCUCAAGUUCUGAAACAGUGCAGCGUUGAAGACACUGAAGGAAGUGAUGAAAUGGUGCCUUUUUGUAUGUAUUUGCGUCUUAUUAUGAGCAUUGUUGAAAAUAUUAGUCGCACAAAUAAUAAUUUCGAAAGAAACAUCAGAUAUACAGGUUUUGUCCGAAUUCAUUUUUUCGUAAUAAAAUAAAAUUUGUAGAAAUUUGUACUUUAAUACAAUGCUUUUUUUAACAAAAAGGAGGGGGGGGGGAGAGAUCUUAAUGGUAAAACCAUUAUCAAAACAUUGCAUAAAUUCUACGGAAGAUCUCCCAUAUCUAUGGGUCUGUUGCACGUGAAAUCUGCCAUUAAUUAAAAAUCAUAGAUUAAGUUUAGAUAAAUAGAGAAUUAAACGCUCCUGAAUUGACAUGGGAUGGAAAUCUGAGAAAGAGAUAGCGAUGCAAAAUAAAUGUUUAAUAAUUUGAUUAUUUUGAUCAUUUUACUGAAUAUUUAUUAUUUUAAUCAUAUAAUCAAAAUAAAAAAAUCUUAAAAAUUACAUCUAAUUUCUUUACUGUCAUACCGUAAUCACAUUAAAAAAACAAAAAACAAUCGAUGUUAGUCGGAUAAUAUCACAUCGAAUUGGAAAAAAAUAUGGAUAUCAAGUUCAUAUGCGUAUAGACUUGUGUAUGUAUUCAGCUGUUUGCUCAACAAUGGAAAAACGAAAGUAAACAUUCCAUAUCGAUUUGAGGUCUGCAAAUAAAACUCAAAAUAACCCGAAAAAUAAAAGCAUGAACAUAAAAAUAACUAUAGACGUAGAAAAUUCUGGUGAAGGUUGAGCAAUCUCUUGUUUCUUCUCAGUACUUCCUUCCGCUGAAUAAACUUACUCACCGGAAAGAAAGUUGCAUAGUAUUCCGCGUGUUUAAUAUCGAUAAACAUUGACUGAUUCAUCUUCCUGAAAUUCGUGAGCAUGGUAUGAUAUCAGCAAAGGUCUCAAAAAGUGUCAACAGAAAAAUCAGCAUAUAAAAAAAUAUAAAUUUAAUUUUAAACGUUUACAUUAUUCUAUUCUUAACAAAAUAUUUCUAAAACAAUUAAUUUUAAACGUUUACAUUAAAUUCUUAUUCUUAACAAAAUAUUUCUUAAUCAAGGUAAAUUAUGCAAGUCUUAUUGUUGUCGUAAGAAAAAAAAAAAAAUUGUUCUUGAAAUUCGGUUACCUUAAAAUAUUGCAACACCAGCAGAAGGAUUCUGCAUAAGAUUCAAAGGACAAGUAAGAAUCUUAUGAGCUUUAUUCUUUUCUUGCUUAUGAAAUAUUGCAAGAGAUCAGUACAUAAAAAAAUAACUUCCAAAAAAUGAAUUCAUUUAGAAUAAAGAAUUUAUGUUUUAGUUUGCUUAAUAUGCUACGAAACAUUAAUUCUUAAUCAAAAUAUUUUCUAUACUUAAAAUUUUGUGCUUGAUAUAUUUAACUUUUAUAAAAUGUAAAAUUUCUACUAUAGCUACAUUUAAAAAAAGUUCCACUAUGAUAAAUAAUCCCCGUCUUGUUCUAUUAAUUAAAGAAUAACUACCCAUUUCCUGAAAAUCCGUCCUGUUGUAUUUGCUAGAGAAUAACUUCUGUCCAAGCAAUAUAAUUAAUUGAUUAAUUUACAUCUGAUUAUUAUAUCUUAAAAGUAAUUUUUUUUUCUUCUGACUUUACAAACAGAUAAAUUCUGCUUUAAUCAAUGAUGCAUCCAUCUUACUUGAUCCCGCAGAAAAUAAAAAUUCAGAUUGAAAUGACGAUAUAUAUAUUUAAAAUGAAGAUUUCAAUUUCUGCCUUUAAAUUCUUUCUUGCCAGUUUCAAUAUGUUUUCGAUUAAUGCUCUUAACUACAUUUGAAUUUUGUGCAUGUCAUAAAAUUUCCAUUUUAAUUGACUAAAAGUCUUUGGUAUUUUUAAUUUAUGUUUAUUAUUUUUUUAUUCCAAGAUUAAUAGCUUUAAAAUUUUUCUUUUUACCUAAUUUAUGGCUUAUCAACUCAUAAACAAAUAUUGCUGCAAAAUAUAUUGAAAAAAAUUAUCGAAUCAAAUCUCUUUUAAAUUAAAAGUUUUUUUUUUUUUUUUUCCCCGUAUUUUAACAACAUUAAAUGAGCAAUGCUUUGAAGUCCAAGAAAAGCGUUGGUAAUCGCUAUUUAUCUUUUUCUCUGUUUUACAUGACUGAUUUAUAAGAAGAGUUCAAAGUAUACAACCUAUAGAGUUGCUCUUUGGAAAAAGAUUAAAAUUGAAGAACCGAACAUCUCACUUGCUUUUCUUUUGUCUCAAGCUCUCGCAGGUAAACAUCAUUUAAGCAUCUAUAUUCAAGCCCUCAAACUUUUUGAUAUCCAUUAACUAUAAACUCUCAGUACCCAGGGGAUAACAGCCUUUGUCGCUAUAUCCACACUGUUUACAUUCAAGAUUUAUAAAGGAAUAAAAUACUUUUAAAUAAUGCAUAGUAAGUAGGCAAUAUUUUUCACAUAAAUAUGAAAAAAAAAAAAAAAAAAUCGUAGAGGGUAAAAAGAGACAGGAAUCGAUUAAAUCAUUAAUUCUGAUCAUCAUUCCUAAGAUGAGAAAUGAGGUUCUAUUUCUACAUCUGUUUUGUGAUAAAAGCCAUUCUCCCAUGUGUUAAUGUUAUUUCGUCAUGCGAAAUAUACAAUAUUUUUUUGAAGGCUUCUGUGCUAUAAUUCUACUACAACCGAAUGUGGAACGGCAUUUCUAUGGCCGAUUUAUGGUAGUUCAGUGUAUAUAAUAAAUUGAUUUUGUAUUUCAUUAAAUUAGACAAAUAAAAUAUCAACGAGAAAGAUAUUACAAAAUAUCCAAAUGUGUGAACAUAAAUCCAAGAUGUGCAAUAGUCACAAUGGCCGAGUUAUUUACUUAAAUAAAAAUAUUUUUUACUCUUAUAUUAUUAGUAAAUUGUAAAGUAUUAAGCCAUUCCUAAUAACUUGCUAUAUUAUUUUUAAUCGCACAUUUGUUUCAAAUCAUCGAUGAAGUAAUUCAAAGUUUGUUUCUAUAGAUGUUGUCUGUUUUUAAUUUAUAGUGAUGUGUUUAUAACAUGUGAUCAAUUCUGUUUAUCCAAAAAUGUUGUCAUUUUAAAAAUUACAAAUAUGUAGUUAUCGUUUACUAACGAAAUUUACAGUGAAAUGUGUUAUUUUAUUUCUAAACAUGGGUAGUAGAAAGGAAAGCGAUAAAUCUGAUUUAAUAUUUAAUGCAAAACUGGCUGCUAUGUUAUUGUAUAGAUUAUAUUUUCAUUUAAUAAACAUGUAUUUUUCAUUAAUUAAUUAAAAUGAUUAUUAUUAUACUGUAGCAUAUUUCAAUGGACUUAAUAUAUUAACUGACAGUUAAGAGCUCUAAAAUUAUUAAAAUAUUCUAGUCGUGACUCUAGUCAUUAAAAAUUGCAUAAUUUUGGAUUAAUACAGGAAGAAUGAGUGAAAAUCAAUUACAAAAUUCCAUUCUGAACAUGAAACUAGAUAAAAAUCAUUUUAUUUAUUAACAAAUUUUUUUGGAUAAAAUGAUCAUGUUGUAAUUUUUUAAGCAGACAAGAUAUAUUUCUGUGACAAUGCAGAUUUCAGCAUUUUCAGAAUAGUAUUUUAUAAUUUUUAAGUUCUAAUACUUUUCUUUUAUGUCAUAAUUCUACAGUAUUUUUAAUAUUUCUAACAUUUUUUGUAAAAAUUCAUUUUAUUGUUCAAUUAAUCACCACCUUACUUCUCAGUGAUUAUACUUGGCACAAUUCAUAAAAUAAUUAAGUUCAG